AUGCUCACGCCCAAGACCCUCGAGGUCAUCGAGCACGCGCGCGACCUCGCGAAGCAGCGGCGGCACACGCAGCUCGAGACGCACCACGUCGCCAGCGCGCUCUUCAGCGACCCGAACACCUUCGCGUCCAAGGUCCUCAAGAAGGCCGGCGGCGACGCGGCCAUCGCGAAUUCGGAGAUCCGCGCGCAGCUGCGCAAGGUCGCGUCGAAGGCGAAGCCGCGGACCGACGACGACGGCGAGCUGCAGAACUCGCGGGCGCUGGACAAGGCGCUCAAGGCCGUCUUCGACGAGAAGAAGGCCCACGGCGACGGGUCCUCGGACGGCGGCAAGGGCACCGUCGCGCACCUGCUGUGCGUCCUUUUGGAGGAGCCGCCGCUGAAGACGGCGCUCGCCAAGUCGGGCGCGACGCUCGAGGCCGUGCGCGACACGGCGCGCGCCGCGGCCAGGGAGUCCUACGAGGCCAAGAGCGAGGAGGUCCACGACACCUUCGACGCGCUGACGCAGUUCGCCGUCGAUCUCGUCGCGAAAGCCGAGCUCGGCAAGAUCGACCCCGUCGUCGGCCGCGACGACGAGAUCCGGCGCUGCGUCCAGGUGCUGUCGCGCCGCAAGAAGAACAACCCCGUGCUCGUCGGCCCGCCGGGCGUCGGGAAGACGGCCAUCGUCGAGGGCCUCGCCGCGCGGAUCCUCGAGGGCGACGUGCCCGAGGGUCUGCGGAAUUCGCGGGUCUGGGCGCUGGACCUGGGCCUGCUGAUGGCCGGCGCGUCCGCGCGCGGCGCCUUCGAGGCGCGGCUCAAGGCCGUCAUCACGGAGCUCGAGCGCGACAAGAACCAGAUUCUAUUCAUCGACGAGAUCCACAUGUUGAUCGGCGCCGGGCAGACGAACGGGGCCAUGGACGCGGCGAACCUCCUGAAGCCGGCGCUCGCGCGCGGCGAUCUGAAGUGCAUCGGCGCGACGACGGACGCCGAGUACAUGAAGCACGUCGAGAAGGACCCGGCCUUCGAGCGGCGGCUCCAGAAGGUCGCCGUGCCCGAGCCGACGGUCGACCAGACCGUGUCUAUACUCCGAGGCAUCCAGGACAAGUACGAGCUCCACCACGGCGUGCGCAUCCUGGACGAGGCCCUCGUCGCCGCGGCGAAGCUCGCGGACCGCUACGUGCCGGCGAAGUACAACCCCGACAAGGCCAUCGACCUCGUCGACGAGGCCUGCGCGCGCCGCCGCGUCGAGCUCGACAGCCGCCCGGCGUUCCUCGACGCGCUCGAGCGGCGCGUCAACGAGCUCUCGGGCGAGCUCGAGGCGCUGGAGCGCGAGGCGAAGCUGCAGGCGUCGGGCUUCCUCCAGACCUAUUUCCGGAGCGAGACCCAGGCCGACGCGGACGCGGCGCUCGCCAAGAAGCUCGACGCGGUCCGCGCGCGCCACGCCAAGGCCUUCGCCGCGCGGUCCACCGCGCGGUCCGCCUGGCGCAGCGAGAAGGCCCACUACGACGAGCUGCGCGCGGUCAACGCGGAGAUCGAGGACGUGGAGCGCGACGCCGCCCAGUACGCGCGGAAGAACCGGCACGCGGACGCCGCGGAGCUCCGCGAGUCGCUCGCGCCGCUGAAGCGGCGCCGCGAGAACGCCGUGGUCGCGGCCCAGCGGGCCGCGAGCAACGCGACCUACUCGGCGACGGACGUCGUCUCGGAGCAGGAUCUCGCGGACGUCGUGUCCCAGGCGACGGGCAUCCCCGCGACGCGGCUCACGGCCGACGAGUCCGCGAAGCUGCUCGCGCUGAGCGAGCGCCUCGCGCGGCGCGUCGUCGGCCAGCGGGCCGCGACGGACGCCGUCGCGGACACGGUGCUGCGGAGCCGCGCGGGCCUGGCGGGCGCGUCGCGGCCGCGCGGCGCGUUCCUCUUCCUCGGGCCGACGGGCGUCGGCAAGACGGAGACGGCCAAGGCGCUCGCCGAGGAGCUCUUCGACGACGCGACGGCGCUCGUGCGCCUCGACAUGUCCGAGUACGCGGAGAAGCACGCCGUGAGCCGCCUCGUCGGCGCGCCGCCGGGCUACGUCGGCCACGACGACGGCGGCCAGCUCACGGAGGCCGUGCGCAAGCGGCCCUACUCCGUCGUGCUCCUCGACGAGGCGGAGAAGGCGCACCGCGACGUCUUCGACACGUUCCUCCAGGUCCUCGACGACGGCCGGCUCACGGACUCCAAGGGCACGACCGUCGACUUCACGCACACCUACGUGAUCAUGACGGGCAACGCGCCGCUCAACCGGGUCAAGGACGUCUUCCGGCCCGAGUUCCUGAACCGGCUCGACCGCGUCGUCGGCUUCGAGCCCCUCGCGCGGCCCGCGCUCGAGGCCAUCGCCGCGAACCACGUCCGCGACCUCGCGGCGCUCGCGCGCGACGAGCACGGCGUCGACCUCGCCGUCGCGCCCGCGGCGGCGGCGGCCAUCGUCGACGCGAACGCCGGCGACGUCGGCGUCUACGGCGCGCGGCCGCUCCGCCGCUACGUGGACCAGGUCGUCGCCACGGACCUCGCGAAGCUCAUCCUGGGCAAGGGCGUCCCGCCGAGCAAGCGCGUCGUCCUCGACGUCCGGAGCGGCGACCUCGGCUUCUACCCGGCGGCGCCCGAGGGCGAGCUCUGA